AUGAGUUCUGCUUCCAGCGAACCUGGCAACGGGGCUGCUGCUGAGCGGCCCCAGCUGGGACUCGAUGCCGUGAUCCAGAGACUGGAGGACACUGUCCUGGGCCCCACAGCCAGCAGAGAGGACCGGGCGCUGACUGUCUGGGGGGAAGGCCAGCAGGCGUCGCCCACCCCCGUGCCUGCCCGCAUCCGUGAGAUCGUGGCCAGCAGCCUGGGCGAGGAGCCGCCAAAAGCUGGGGUGCCAGAGCCCCCCGCCACUGCGGCCCACACGCAGGAAGAGAAUGAGCUGCUGCAGGAGGAGCUGUCCCGGCUGGAGGACCUGCUAGCCCAGGCAGGUGCCGAGCGGGACGAGCUGACCAGCAGGUACCACGCAGUCAGCCAGCGGCUGCAGGCCCGGCUGCAGAGGUCAGAGCUGGAACACAGUGUGGACCUGGAGGAGGCCCUUGGCCGGCUGGAGGCCGCCGAGCAGAGGAGCACUGGCCUUGCACAGGUGAACACGCUUCUGCGGGAGCAGCUGGAGCACAUGAAGAAGGCCAACGACGCACUGGUGGAGGAGCUGGCCAGGACAGCAGGCAGCAUGCUGCGCCUGAGGGGAGAACUGGGGCUCCAGGAGGCGCGGCGGCAGCCCAAGAGAGAGGCCUGGCGGACACGCCCGGGGGGGUCCCAGGACCUCCUGCUCCUGUGGAGACAGGCCACGGCACUCCAGGCACACCUGGCUGAGCUUCGAGCCGCCACCGAGAGGAGUCUCACCGACAUGCGGGCGGAAGCAGCCAGGACAGUGCGUCGCCUGCACACGGCCUGCCUGAACCUGGACUCCAAGCAGCGCCUGUCGGCCCGCAGCGCAGCGGGUGCCCUGGAGCAGCAGCUGCGCGACAAGGUGCGGGAGAUGUUGGCGCUGCAGGGCUGCUGGGACGCUGAGAAGGUGGCGCUGCAGGCCAGACUCUCAGAGCAGACAAGGCUGGUGGAGCAGCUCAUGGAGCAGAACGCCAACAAGGAGGGGACCAUCUGCGCCCUCACAGCAGAGGUGCAGGGACUGGUGGCCCAGGCAGACUCGGGGUGCAUGGAGCUGGUGCAGAGCGGCAGCCCAGAAGCCCACGAGGCACUGGGCCAACCAAGGAGCCCCCUCCACACCACAUCCCCCCAGCCUUGGGGGCUAUCCCCUCUCCGGGCCCACUCCCCAGCUGCCCUGAACCCCGCCCUGCGGGCCGUACAGGCAGCCAUUGAGAGGCGGCGGCAGCGGGAGCAGGAGCUGCAGCUGCAGCUGGAGGCCUCCCAGGCGGUGGUGGCCAGGCUCCGGGAGCAGCUAUCCGAGUGCCGGCAGGAGCUUCGGGCCUCGAAGGGACUCUUGCAGGAGCAGGCGCGGGAGCAGGCUCGGGAACACGAGGCCCUCCUGGGCGAGCUGGAGGCCCAUAGCCAGGAGGCCCAGGGCUGCAGGGCAUCCGUGGAUCGCCUGGAAAGGGAGAAGGCGGCCCUGGAGGCGGUGGUGGAGGAGCUGAGAGGGCAAGUGGACAUCUCAACUGCGGAGAGGCGCAGGCUGGAGGCCGUGAACGCGGAGCUGCAGAGAAGCCUGCUGCUGUGCGCGGAGCAGGGGGACGAGCUGGCACAGCAGGAGCGGCGGAGCCAGCGGGAGCUGGACACCAGCCAAGCGCGCCUCGAGCAGCUGGAGGAGAAGGUCUCGGGGCUCAAGAAGGAGCUGUUGUCGGCCUGGGAGGCGCUGAGCGCCACGCAGCUGCAGAGGGACAUGCUGGAGAGCGAGAGCGAGGGCCUGCGUGGCGCCCUAGCCCGGGCCGAGUCCAGCAAUGCUGACCUGGAACUGCUGGUGACCCAGCUCAGAUCUGAGGGGGUGGAGCAAAGGGACUCCCUGGCCAAGAUGGCGGCCUUGAUGGAGGGGCUGGCUCAGGACAAGGGCACCCUGAACCAGCUGAUCUUCCAGCUGGAGCAGGAGCGGGACCACCUUCGGGAGCAGCAGCAGGUGCUCGAGGGGGAGCAGACCAGCUCACAGGAGCAGCUGGCACAGGCAGAGCAGCAGCUGGCACAGGAGCGGGCAGAACACAGGGGCCUGAAGCAGGCCUGUGGGCACCUGGAGGAGCAGCAGGAGCAGCUGGAGGGGCAGGUGACCCAGCUCCGGCGAGAGAGGGACCAGCUGCAGGAGCAGGUGGGCCAGGUCACAUGCAAGAAGCAGGCCCUGGAGGAGCAGCUGGCACAGAGCCUGCGGGACUGGGAGGCCCAGAUGGACACCCUGCAGCGAGCCAUGCAGGAGAAGGAGGCUUUGUCCGAGGAACAGGCCCAGCUGCUGGCCAAGCAGGAGGCUCUGGAGAGGCACAGCCGGCUCAUGGCCAAGGAGACAGCUGAUCUCAGGGCAGAAAGGGACUCCCUGGAGAGCAGCCUCUUUGAGGCCCAACAGCUGGUGUCGCAGCUGCGGGCGCAGCAGGAGCAGCUGGAGGGAGAGGCCCAGAGCGCACGGCUCACACAGCAGGCCCUGCAAGUGGACAUGGAGCAGCUGGAGAGCACAGGCGAGGUCCGGGAGAUGAAGCUGCAGUGGGACUUGGAGCGGCUCCGGCGGCAGGUGGCACAGCUGGAGCGGGACUCACAGCUGGCCCUGGAGAGCCAAGCGCUGGCCCACCGCGAGGACCUGGCACGGCUCCGGAGGGAGAAGGAGACCAUGAGUCUGGCACUGUCAGAGGAGAAGGAGGUGGCCAUGUGCCGGCUGGAACAGGAGAAGGAGCUGGUGGCAAAAGGUGCAGCUGAGAGGGAGGCUUUGAAGGAGGAAAUUCAGAACCUGAAGCAGGAGCACGAUGAGAGCCUCCUCCAACUGGAGCACGAAAUGCAACAGGCCCUGUCUCUGAAAGAAGCAGAGUGGAGCCUGCUGAGGGAAGAGCUGUCCACGGCCACGCAGGAGCUGGAGUGGGUGCGGCGGGAGGCCCGGGGCCGGCAGGAGCUAGCCGAGGCCACCAUAUCCAUGCUGACCGAGGAGCUGAGGGUCCUACAGGCCCAGUUUGCAGAUGCCAUCUCUACCCACCAGAAGGAGUCGGCAGCUCUGAGCGCCAUCCUCCGGGAGGUGGCUGCAGAGCGGAGCAGCACGGGGAGAGAGGCCGAGCGGCUGCGGGUGCAGCUGGAUGUGGCCCAGGAAGGGCUGGUCACACUGCGCCAGGAGCUGCAAGGCAUCGAGGAGAGCCGCGAGGGGCUGCGCAGGGAGGCCCUGGAGGCCCGCCGGGCGCUGGGUGAUGAGGCCCAUGAGAAGGAUGUGCUGCAGCUGUCCAACACCAAGCUGUGGGCUGCCGUCCGCACAGCCGAACAGGAGAAGGCCAGUUUUAAGCGGUCCAAGGAGGAGAACGAGCAGAAGGUGCUGGUCCUGGAGGAGGCCCACGCCGUGGCCCAGAAGGAGGCGGGCGAGCUUCGGGCCAGCCUGCGGGAGGUGGAGAAGGCGCGGGUGGACACCCGCCACGAGCUCCAGGGUCUCCGCAGACAGGUGAAGGCGCUGGAGGCUGAGGCCCAGAGGAAGGGCCGGGAGGUGGGCAAGCUGCAGGCCAGAGCUGCCCAGGACACUCUGGAGCUGCAGAGAAAAGUGGCCGAACUGGAGGCAGCCUGCGAGGGGGCCAGGAAGGAGGUCCUGGGGCUGCAGCAGAAGCUGGCGGAGGCAGAAGCCAGCGGCGAGGCCCGGGAGAAGCAGCUCCAGGCACAGCUCCGGGAGAGCCGGGCAGCCGAGCAGACGCUGCGGGCUGAGGUGCACAGUGUGGCCCGGAAGCUGCGGCUGGCGGACGGCACGGCUGAGGGGCUCCGGGCACGCCUAGAUGAUGCUGGCCGUCGGAUCCGUGGCCUGGAGCAGGAGCUGGCCCAGGCAGAGGGCGCCUGGCGGGACACGGAGAACCAGCUGGACCAGCUGUGCUCCACGCUGCGCCGUGGCCUGGGGCUCCGGGGGCAGAGCGCCUCGGCCUCCCCCCAGCGGCCCAGCUCCCCUUCCAAAGGGUCCGAUGGCCCCCAGGCUUGCAGCGGGCGGCAGAGCACCAGCCCCUCUGUGGGGUCCUGCUCACGGCUCCAAUGGCCCUCGCCUGGCCCCAGAGAUGUGGAGGUCCUGGACGUGACCUGUGUGCGGGAUGCGCUGAGGGAUUUCGUGCAGAAGCUGUGGGAUGCCCAGAGAGAGCGAGACGACGCCCGCUGCCAGGCAGUGAGCCUGAGCAGCCGGCUGAGUGAGGCGGAGAGCGCACGGGCCAGAGCCCAGAGCCAUGCCGCGAAACUGCAGAAAGCUCUGGCCGAGGCUGAGGAAGGCCAGCGCCAGGCAGAAAGUGCAGUGAGCAGCGUGCAGGCAGCUUGGGCUCUGCAGGAAGAGGCGCUCCGCAGGCUGGAAGCAGAGCACCUGGCAAGCACCCGGGCAGCAGACAAGGAGAGGUGCCGCCUCCAGGAGCAGCUGAACGCACUGCACCAGGCGCUGGACGAGAGCAGGAGCCACAGCCAGGACCUGGCCGCCACUGGGAGGCUGCUGGAGGGGCAGCUGGCGGGCCUGGAGCUCAGGUGCCAGGAGGCGGAGGGCGCGCUGCGGCAGACUGAGCGCGAGACAAUGAGGAGGGAGGGGACCACGGUGCGGCUGGGGGCCGAGAAGGAGCAGCUGGACCAGUCGCUGAGCGCCUUGCACCAGGAGAUGGACGGGUCCCUGCGGAAGAACCAGCAGCUGCAGGUCCAGAUGGUGGAGAUGGAGCAGGCGCAUGCCCAGCGGCUCCAGGAGCUGGCAGCCCAGCACCAGCAGGACCUAGCCGCCGAGGCUGAGCGGCUGCACGGGGCCCAGCUGCAGGCAGCAGAGGCCCUGGAGUCCCGAGAGCGGCCCCACCAGCAGCAGGUGAAGGGGUGGGAGCAGCAGGUGGUCAGGCUGAAGGAGCAGCUGGACCAGGAAGAGCAGCGGCGGCGACAGGCCCGCCUCGGCCAGGCCUUUCCAUGCCCUCGCUCUGUAAACACAGGGAAACACGUGGAAAACAUUUCCACCACCCGGAGCCAAAAACAGAAUGUCCUGCAGGGCCCGCCACCCACUCCAUGUCCGGAGCCUUCUCUGCUCCAGGAACCGAGGCCGUCACGCGGGCAGCCCGGGCUGCCCCUCGAGCUGUGUCCUCACUCCAGGGCCCAGAGGCACACGGCACCCAUCCCGCCACACCCUCCGGAGCGGACGAGGCUUUACUUCCGGGCCCUCCUGGAACAUCUGGAGGACGGACACCCGUGUCCUGGUCAGGUGAGGAGGGAUGACGAGGCUGCCCAUCGGUGGCCAGGAGGGCUCCGUGUACCUGAGGCCGGAGCCACCCACCCGCCUGUGGCCCACACGGCACUCUGCAUGCUCUGCCUCAAGGUGCUUGCAGCCUCCCCUUCUCUCCACAAAGCAGCAGCGAGCAGCCUGGAGGUCUCCAUCCAGGGGGGAGUGGAGGUUUACCUUUACCGGGGCCGGCACUUCUGGGCUGUCUACCUGGGAGCAGGAGCGCGGCCCCGCCCACCGGGAGCCUGGCGCUUUAAGAGCUCAAUUUACAUGACCCCGCCUCCACUGCUGGUCGGAUAUUUAAGUUGCGGCCCAGGGGCGGGCGAGCGGACCGCGCUCCGCGGGCGCCUUCUUCCGUGCAGCGGCCCAGAGCGCGGCGGAGCCGGCCGGGGCUCCAAGCCCACCGACGGCCGGGCCCGAGCCUGA